AUGGAGCCCCCGUCAGGCCCUGCAAGGAGGAGGCAUGUCCCCUGGAACAGGCUCCUCCUGGCAGUCGCGCUCUUAUCCUUCUGGCCCCCGCCCACCACUGCCCGCCUCACUGUUGACACGGUGCCCCCACUGGCUGCAGAAGGGUCGGUCGUUGUUUUCAACAUCCUCGGAAAAGAAGGGCUUGUCCUAGGCUAUGGCUGGUUCAGAGGGAACAGGGUAGAUAGAGCAGCUGCAAUUGACGUCUACCAAAUACUUAACAAUUCAUUUACACCUGGGCCUGCAAACACCGGUCGAGAGACAAUAAAACCCAAUGGCUCCCUGAUAAUCCAGUCUGUCCAGAAGCGGGACUCGGGAACCUACACUGUGAUCACUGUAAAGGCUGAUUUAACAAACGUUUCGGCAUCUGGAGAUCUCCAAGUAUACAGCCUGCUGCAGCAGCCCUCCAUCCAAGUCAGCGACCCCAUGGACAGAGAUAAAGAGAACAAGGUGGUCAUUACCUGUAACACAAACGAAACUGACAUCAGCAUCAAGUGGAUCUUCAACGGCCAGUAUAUAAAAGCCGCAAAGAACAUCUUCCUGUCCAAGGACGGGAAGAAGCUCACCAUAGACCCCAUCAAGAAGGAGAAUGCCGGGAAGUAUCAGUGUGAGAUCUUCAACAUAGGCACUUCCAACAGAAACCCAGUGGCACGGCCCUCCCUCCAAGCCAGCAACACCACAGUCACAGAACAUGAGGGUCCCGUGGUCCUGACCUGCCUCACAGAUGAGACUGGGGUCUCCAUACGCUGGUUCUUCAAAGGCCAGAGUCUCCUCCUCACAAGGGGGAUGACACUGUCCCUGGACAAUAGCACCCUCACCAUAGACCCCGUCAGCAGAAAGGACGCCGGGGAUUAUCAGUGUGAGGUCUCCAACAGGGCCAACUCCAGAAAAAGUGACCCGCACAGACUGAGUGUGACCUGGCAAGAAAACACCCAAGCGCUCAAUGUGGAGACCAUUGUUGGCAUCGUGAUUGGGCUCCUGCUUGUGCUGACACUGGUGGCUGCCCUGGGAUGUUUCAUUUUCCUUCACAGGUACAAUGGCAUUCCCAGAUUCUGCUCCUGCCCCCAGGUGACCCUAGUCCUAGAGGAAGGACACUCCAUCCUCCCAUUCUCAGCCUGGAUCUCCAGGACCUCCCCACUGCCCCUCUCACUGUUAACUUUCUGGCCCCUGCCCACCACUGCCCGCCUCAGUGUUGACACGGUGCUCCCCCUUGCUGCAGAAGGGACAGAUGUUCUUCUACUUGCCCACAACAUGACAGAGAAUAGUCUAGGCUAUGCCUGGUACAGAGGAGAAAGGGUAGAAAACAUCCAGUUAAUUGCAUCAUACAGAGUAGACACUAAUGUAACUACCAAAGGGUCUGCACACAGCGGAAGAGAGACACUUUACCCCAAUGGAACCCUGCUCAUCCAGACUGUCACCCAGAAAGACACAGGAUCCUACACGCUGCUCGUUACAAACGAUAAUUUACAGACAGAAAGACAAACUGGGCAUCUCUGCAUAUACCAUGACCCAGCCCUCAAUAACGAGAUUGUUAUCGCCAUCAUGACUGGGAUCCUGGUUAGGUUGGCACUGGUGACCACUCUGGGGUGUUUUGUUUUCCUCAAGAUGACUAGAAGGGCCAGUGGACAGAAUGACCUCAGAGAGCAGCAGCCUCCAGCUGCCACCCUGGGACAUGGUCCCUCUGGCAGCUCUGUCUCCCCGGCCUCCCUACCCAGCCCCAGGCCAAUUGUUCCCCUCUAUGAGGAAUUACUGUAUCCCAACACAGAUAUCUACUGCCAGAUCCACCCCAAAGUAGAUGUGGUUUCUUAG